UCAAAUCGUUGAAUAGAGUGUGCAUAUAAACACCUCAGUCUGAAUCUGUAAUCAGAUUGUAUUCAAUCGGAUUGGCAAAAAUCUUUGCAUGUAAACACAGCCAUUUAGAGCAAUGCCUUUGGCUAAUGAUGACAGAGUAAGGAGCAGAAGGUGUAAUGUCUAAACUUUAAGUUUAUGAUCAAGCAACAAUAUUUUUAGAUGUAGGCCAUGUGUAAAACAAUGAAAUAAAAGAAGGAAGGGAGCAAGGCAUUAGGCUUCUGAUGAAAUUACAGAAAUAAAAGUAGGCAUACAGCAAGGCUUUGAGUUCAUGAUGUACUUAGAGUAAGUAAGUAAGCUCAGAGCUAGGCAUGAGGCUUAUACUGUAGAAAUAUUAAAGAAUAGUCAGUGUAGACCAAGGCCUUAGGCUUAUGAUGAAGUCAGAGUAAGCAAAAGUGGGCUUCCAUCCAGGCCCCAGGCUAAUGCUGAGGUUACAGUAAGUAAAACAGGUUAAUAUAUAGGGCUUUGAUUCCUAAUGUAGUUAGUAUGAAUGAAAGAAGGUAAAGAGGGAGCCAUCAGGCUUAUAAAGAAGUUAUGAUGAUAAAGUACAAGUAGGUGCUGAACAUGCCUUUACACUGUAAAACCUAAUGAGUUCAGUGAACUUAAAUGGUGUAAGGAAACCGAUUGCCUUAAACCAUUUAAGUGUAAGUCACUGAAAUCUGAUGAGUUAGGCAAACUUAAAUGGUUUGAGGAAACCGAUUGUUUUAAACCAUUUAAGUUUAGGUUACUCAAAUCAUUUGACCAUGAGUAAUUCCCUGAACUGAGUAUGAACAACACAUUUGUUUACUACUGUAUACACUUAAGAAAAUUGAGUAAAUCACUCCUUCGAUCUUAGAAUAAUUUUGUAUUUUGGACUUAUAUAGCCACUCAAGUUCAGCUAACUCAGUAUCUUCCAUUAACAGCUAAACUAGGCUUUAAUUUUUAAUUUUAACAACUUUAUACUGAACGGCAGAACGUUUUGACAAGAAUGCCUUAAACAGCUUAACUUAAUACUGCUCUGGACCAUCUCACCCAAUAUUGUAGUUCAGCCAAGAAUGCAGAAGUAUUCAAAACCACACUGAGCGGUGGUGCAAAGUCUACAGCGACUGUGGACAGUUGCGCGUUCUGAUUGGUAGUCUACGGUCGAAUUCUGCGAUCUGAUUGGGAGUCUACGGUCGAAUUCUGCGAUCUGAUUGGUAGUCUACGGUCGAAUUCUGCGAUCUGAUUGGGAGUCUACGGUGACUCCUACACUGCGUAGACUCUAGACCAAUCGCAUUCAUGAUCGCUACCGCCGUGUGUAAGUCUAGACUAAUCGUGUGUCGGAUACUCGAUCGUUGCCGCUGUGUACAAGUCUAGAGCAGUCUCUUGUCGAUGCUUGAUCGCUGCCGCUGUGGGCAAGUCUAACGUUUCUCUGAGAUACAAGUGACCCGUUGGUGAACGUGCAUUAAGUGUUUUUAGCUAGAACUGAAGAUGGCAACCCCAGUUAUCCGCGUCGUCAACCCAGAUGCCCCUGCGAAACGUCAACAGGCUGUACUAGUGGUGACUAAAGAAGCCCGUUACUAUCGGGAGAAAAAAUGGUCUUCCCGAGACCUCCACAGGAGCUGCUGAACAAGGCCACUGCCCUGGCCCAAGCAGAGAGACUCCUUCAAGCAGAGGGUAUCCCUGCACCAUCGCAUCAGCUGUGCUUGGGAAAGCUGGUGGUGCCAUUUGGGCAGUAUGAGAAUGCCCCAUUCUGCUGGCUUGUGGCAAACGGUGUGGGCUACAUGAAAGAACAAGCACCACCAAGUGUGAUCCUACAUCAUGGCCAGGUGAUGACACUGAACUCUUAGCUGCAAGCCAGUCUGUGGAAGGUGGAGCUAGAGAGUUGGGUGCGUCUGUGGGAAAACCCCAAUGGCAUCCCGUUUGCUGACAUUUCCUGGCUCAAAGAGGACACCGAAAGAGGGCUGUUCACUCCAAUUCAAAUCUACAGGCACAAUGCUGGUCUGUUCAAGAGGCAACGGGUGAUGAAAUCGGACUGCAUGCGGUUUUACCCACCGGAACCUCCCGGCUACAUCAGGGGUGGUCUGCCAACUCCUCAGCCAAGGAGCCGAGUCUUUGUGUGGCGCCCUGUUGGAGUGUGGAGGUACUCCCUGAAGUGUCCUCGAGGUGAUGAAUGUGUGGGUAGAGGACAGAAUGUGCACCUCUACAAGUCUGGCUACCACCCCCAGGUACGCCACAUCUGUGAUGUGUCCAGCUGGUACACAAUGCUCACUGAGGUAUUGUGCUGUGGACCCUGUACAAAGACGGCCAGGAGUGGAGAAGGUGGAACAGUAGGCAUGGUGUGGAUAGGAACGUUGUGCGUCUUCUGAGGGAUUGGACCGAAGGCAACACUAUGGUCAAGGUGUGGCGGCAGAUACAGGAGAAUCAUGUUGAGGAGUACCUUCAACGUAAGGACCUGUACACCACACUCCUCAUGACUGUCGUGAAACCCAGAGGGAUCGUCCCUGCGGGCACACUGCAGAGCUUCCCUCUGCAUGGCUCCUGCGACACGCCUUCCUGCUGGCAGCGGCCAACAAUGUGCAGGAUUACAGGAGCCAAAUCCUCUCCACUUUUGGCACUGUGUUCAAAAUGGAUUCCACCAAGAAAGUGGUGAAGAAGCUGUCUGGGGAGGGUGCAGGCUCAGCUGAGUGGUUCACCAGCAUUGGAAAUGAGCACUCCCAAAUAGUUUCCUUUGUGCUGACCUGUGAGGAGUCUGCUGAGAAGCUGCAGCCGAUGUGCCAUGGAGUGAUGAACAGGUUUCGGCUGGCCAAUCAGCCUGUCCUCAAGAUCUUGUAUGUGGACAGUGGGUGUUGCCGUGCACAGGGCCUAACAGCUGUGGAGACCUUGUUCCAGCCUUGGGUGGACAAUGGGAUGGUUGUGCAUCUGGACAUCUUUCACUGGAUCCACCGGUUUGAUGCAGCCAUCCACACAGAGUCUCACUCCAAGUAUGCCAUGUUCAAGUCUGCGCUGGCUGGGACAGUGCUGGCGUACAACUGCACAGAGCUCAUCAUCAGGGCUGUCAGAGCUAAGGACCUGCCAACGCUGAAGUCUGUGUCAGAUGAGGAUGUUGUACGCCGCUAUAUUUCCAGGGAGCAGCUGAAACACCAUGUUCGGAGGGUUACACUCGGGGCUCAGGAAACAUUCCGACUCGUCCACCUGGCCAUUGAGGAGCUGAAAGGUCCCGCUGGGCGAGACGAGAAUGGAGUGAGCCUCUUCAAUACAGCUGAGGCCAUUGAGGAGAUGUGGGCAGCCCAGCAGCGACAUCUGGAGUGCAUUCAGGAUCCACCACAUAUGAACAUAUGAAUAGGGUGGCACGUACCACAACCAUCAAUAACGUGGACGUGCCCUAUUAUAAAUGUUUGUGUGGAAACAACAGCCUGGAAGGAUUCCACAAAGUUCUACCGAACAGGAUUCCAGAUAUAUAUAAGUGUAAGCUGUAGGGUCGACACUUGACCCUAUCUUUAUUCUAAUACCUUCUAUUGUGAUGUUCAGGUCACCACUGUGCAGCACGGCCCUAUCGGGUUUAUCUGAUAAGUGGCAUAGCACGGUGGAACUCAGACCGGACCUCCGAUGCUGUGUUUGGUGGCAAAGGAUGGCACCACAGGAUUUAUUCUGCGCCACUGAUUGACCGCCUCAACACCCGCUGUCGGCAGCUGUUCGGAGAGACUGUGGAGGAGAACCUCUGGGCCCCUGCUGAUGUCCCCUCCAAUGAGCUGGUUGGGUUAGAGUACCUGUUCAGCCAGAGCACGGGUGAAUCCUUCUCUCUUCAGGACAUUGUCAAUGAUGGACCCAGUCCAGAGGAGGAAGUGGUUCACCCUGAGCAGCCCGAUCCAGGUGAAGCUGAUGAGGCGUACCAGAGCGACGUGGAGGCACAUGACGAUGCACUGGAUGCUGACUUGCCUCACAUCACGCUCACUAGCGACGAAACCUCCACUGUUCACCCUCCGACCUUUGAGGAUGCCUGCAGUCCAAACCCUCUUCCUGGCUUUCAAAAGCUGGAAAUGUUCUGCUCUUUGCUGGUGAAUAUUGGCCUGACAGAGGACAAGCUGUCACUUACCACUGAGCAGAGGAACAGAGUCCUUGAAGCCUGGAAUGCAGUGGAAGAGCAUGACAAGCAGCCACAGCAUUUUAACCAGUUGUACAGAACACACUGGGGCAAUACCCUCUAUUGCUGCACAAAAAGGGAUGAUCUUGUUGAUGCUGCUGUGAUACAGAGGGUGAAGAUGGCCAAGCGCUACGCACCAGCACAACAGGACAUCAGUGCUCAGAACAACAGGCUGAUGUACACGCUGGUGAAACUUGUGGUUGCGCUCACCUCAAGGGUCUCGCACCAUUCUUUUAAUUUGUAAUUAAAUGUGUGUUUAAAAUAUUUUCAGUGUUUUGUUUUACAAAUAAAGAUGUCAGAAACAGUAA